AUGGAAGGGCUUGGUUCAGGACUGUUCCGGAGGCAUCGGGCAUCGUCUGGCCCACUGAUCCUGGACCAUGUGAUAAAGACUUGUCAGGACAUAGCCAGGGGUAUGAAGUACCUCCAUGACAACAACAUCGUACACGGGGACCUGAAGAGCAGCAAUGUGCUGCUGCAGAGCAGUGUGACCGAUCCCCGUGGCUAUGUUGCCAAGGUGGCAGACUUUGGGCUCAGUCAGCAAAUGAUGUCAGCCAAGACGCACAUCACUGCAUCACGCACAUCAUUUGGGACAGUCACACAUAUGCCACCUGAGGUGCUCCAGCAGGGGCACCUUUCGCUGGCUGCGGACAUUUAUUCCUUUGGCAUAAUAAUGUGGGAGAUGAUGUCUGGAGAGCCGCCUUUCCAGAACAUGAUGCAGAUGGAAGUGAUGAGGAAGGUGGUGCUGGAGCGCCAGCGCCCGGAAUUUCCGUCCUGGACGCCUGUGAAAUAUAGAGCACUGGUGGACAAGUGUUGGUGUUAUGAAGCAUCCGAGAGGAUACCUUUCCAGGAGAUUUACGACUGCCUGACGGGCCUGCUGCCGGACAAGCCGUCGGAGCCCUCCCUGGAGGUCUGGGUGUCCGCCCAGCGCGAGCAGCUCCGCACGCGGUCGCCCAUGAGCCCCCCCAGCGGCCGCGUGCGCACGGCGUCCCUGAGUUCGGCCAGCGGACGCCUGUGGACGGGUUCCCUGAGCGGCCGGCGGGGCGUCACGUCCGCGAGUUGCGCGAGUUCAAGGCGGGGGGCGAGCGGCGGCCCCCCCAGCUCGUGGGUGGAGUCGUCGAGCAGCUUCGAUGACGCGGCCAUGGCGGCCCUCGACCUCAAGGACGAGUGGCGGCGAUAA